AUUAUGAAAUCGUGAUUUCUGGUAAACAAAAGGUUUUGCUUACCUGAAUUUCUGAUAACAGUGCGAUAAAUACAAAUUAUGCUGAACGAAUUAAUAUCGUGGGUUUUAAAUACAUAUCUUGGCAAAUAUUUGGAAGAUUUUAAUCCACAGCAGUUGUCAGUGGCGUUGCUUUCAGGCGAAGUCGAAUUAGAGAAUGUUCCAAUCAGAAAAGAUGCACUGCGAUCAUUCGGCAUACCCGUUCAAGCGCACUCGGGUAACAUUGGCAAGAUAAAACUGCAAAUACCAGUGCGUCAGUUUCGCACUGCGCCAUGGUGUAUAAUUAUCGAGCGAAUUUAUGGGGUGUUCGGACCAAAAGACCUUGACGAUUGGGAUGAUGAAAAGGAGAAGAAUGCCGAGUAUGAAUUUAAAGUUGCAGAACUAGAUGCCAAAGAAGCCAAGUGGCGCGUUGAGAAUGGUUAUCAAAUUGAUAGCUACUACUCAAAUUCUUAUACAAGUUGGCUUAAUUAUGGCACCACACUAGCCACGAAUAUUCUUGAGAACUUGGAGCUGAAAAUUAACGAUGUGCACAUACGUUACGAAGACGCCAUAACUGUGAAGGGUAUAUAUUUUGCUGCCGGCAUUAAAAUUAACUCAUUAACUGUUCAAAGCUGUGACAGUAAUUGGCAAGCGCGUUCAAAUGCGACUACAGAUCAAAACAUAUCAUACAAACUUAUCGAACUAAAGGAUUUUUCUAUAUAUUGGGAUCGUCUGACAGAGGCCAAUCAUUGUUCACAAUUACUAUCCAAAGAAUUACUGGAGCACAUGAAUAAGUUGUGCGACGCCAGCAAACACCAUUAUAUAUUGCAACCAAUAAGUGCGCAUGCACAUUUCAAACGGGAGUGCUGCAAGCAAGCCAUUCGCUCAAAAUCCAAGCCGCGUUUAAAUUGCGAAUUUCAGGUGCAGGAAGUAAAAAUCUCUGUCAGUGACCUGCAGUACAAGCAAAUAGUUGACUGUGUUUAUGGCCUACGGCAGAUUAAUCGAACGCGUUCUUACAAAUUGAUGCGUCCAUCUUGCGAAGUUUUCGAAAACGCUACGCUUUGGUGGAAAUAUGCCGCCAAAUGUCAUGGUUGUAUACAUCGCAGUAAUGAAAAUAAAUGGACUAAACUAAGAGAAAACUUGCGUUAUAUGCGUAUUUACAAGCGACUGCUAAUAAAUCCAAAUGAUAAUAUUACCGCCGAAGAGCAAGAUUUCAAAGCGCAUAUGGAAAAGACAAGGGAGUUACAUGAAUUACAUAAUCUACGUACUGUUUGUCGCACAAAUAUUUUUACAAAUGAUGUAAAUUUAAAAGCGAAUUCCAUAAAUCACGGCAAAAGCAUGUUGUUCCAUUGGUUUCCCAACUGGUGGGGUUGGUAUGGCAACGCAGAGAGCAGCGUUGUGACAGCACAAGAUGAGGCAUAUAAAAACAUUGAAGACGAUAUAUUUAACGCGUUAGAAGAUACGAUGGAGAAUGAUCCAUUCUCGAAACGCGAUAUGGUUUUCGGUUAUUUUAGCUUUAUAUUAGUUGACGGGCAAUUAAUUGUUAGUACUGAAGAUGUUGCUUAUGAACGGACGACGGUUAAUUUCGAAAUGGACUUUCAAAAUUUGAUUUCGUUCAUUGAAAUGAAGCCGAAAUUCAGCAGCUAUGUAAUUGGCAUAUCGUUGGGUUCAGUUUGUCUCAAGGAUAAAUUAACGAAAAAUACAGAAUUUCCAUUCUUGGUCAAGCCGCAAUUCGAUGAAAUGCCUACCAAACCAAUACCACCCAGUACCGGUUACCAGUUGGUUGAUUUCAAACGUUUCUUCACCAAAGAACAGCAUGUGGACUCUGCACCAGAGCCGUGGUUUCAAUUGCGCUAUGAAAAAGGACCUCCGGAUAUACAGUCGGAUAUGCGAUUGGUUAUAAAAUCGCGCAGUUUGGAUAUCGUCUAUAAUAAGCAUGCUUUCGAUUGUUUAAAGUCAUUCUUUGUGAAGCCCGUAAACGAAGUGUACUUUAAGUACAAGCUUACUAAAAGCAGUCAAACCCACUUAAAGUUUCUACAAAACUGGCAACAAUAUUUAAUAGGCAAUAAGGAUUUUCGUACAACCUGGUCGCUAGAGAUCGAUAUUUCUGCGCCGCGUAUCAUAUUUGCUGAUAAUAAUUUGGAGAAAAACACCGGUGUGGUUGUUGUCGAUUUUGGACGCUUCCAAAUGCUUAAAAAUGAAUGCCACAAAAAAGAGCCACUAGUUGCGCGUGACAACACUGCUGCCAGUGAAACUACUUCAAAAUUGGGCAAAGAGAGUGAAGAUGAAGAUUUUAUGACGCCUUGCUCAACACCACCAGGCUCGGAAAUUAGCUUGAUUGAGUCGCCUACGCUACGACAGAAUUCUGUGGCGGUUGUCAAUACUGAUACUGGUUUGGAGAGUGCCUUUCAUAAGAAAAUUUACGAUAAAUACUUUAUAAAUCUAACAGAUCUGCAAGUAAUUGUUUGUAAAAAUCGCGAACGUAAUCACGCAUGCACAAAGCAUUCAUCGAAUUUUCAUUUACUUGAGAAAUUUAGUAUCUCGUUAGAGUUGGAACGACGGGUUAUCUAUACCACAGAUCCUGACUACCCAUCGUUAACUCUAUACGGCACACUACCAAAGAUUGUUGCGCAUGUUAAUGAACAGAAAUUGAACGAAUUUUUUAAGAUACUCUAUCCCAUAAUCUCCGAUAGAUUUGACGUUAAUGAAAUUAGAUAUGAUAAUGGAAACGCUAACAAUGAAAAGGAAGGUGGCGCGAAUGAAAAUGUUGAUGGAAAUGACAUUAGCAAUGAGCAUAAGGCAGAAAUAUCGCCGAAUUUUUUAAAUACCAACCUGAUGAUUGUACAGUUUGUUAUUGGACAGAUGGCACUGGAAGUGCAAUCGUUGGAGCGCAGCAUUGCCGAGCUGCAAGUGGUGGGUGUGCGAGCCGGGAUUACAAAGUGCCCAGAAGACACACACAUUAGUAUGUCAGUGCAUGGUUUGUUGUUAGUUGACGCUAUACAGUCAUUUGGUCCAGAUUUCGAGCUGCUUGUAGCAAGUCAUCGCCACGUGGGCAUGGAUAGCAUUUCGGGUAGUUUGAAACAAAGUAAACCCUGCUCUCCCAUGUCACCCGCUUCACCAGACCCUAUGCUGAGCACCGAACGUUGCACCAGUCCACAUACUUUAAACAGAGCAAUCAGUGCGCUUCAAAGUGGUCGCAAAUAUUUCGACAUGGAUUAUGAUGAAUCGCAGGCGCUGAUAAAUAUGGAUCUGAAUUUCAUUAAUGCCAAUGAUGAAAACGAUUCGCUACAAAUUGCAAAUAUUGCAUUCAACAACUUGGAUAUUAUUGCCAAUCAAGAAACCAUUGUUGAAUUGUUGGGUUUCGCAAAACGCCUACAUAGUACGCACGAAACGAUUUUCCACCGUCAUCAUAGUUCCGCUGCCGACACAUAUGCUCAGAACAAUAAUAAAAGGCCAAUUUCGGUCAAUUUACGCACAGAAAUCGGUUUUGAUUUUCAUCGAUUGAAUAUAUUAGUAUUACGUAGCAUAAAUAAAGGUGAUUUUUCUGUGGGUCGAAAGGUGGGCACACUAACAAUGAGUGAAGCCAAAAUACAAGCCACAUUUGGCGAAGAUAUAAGCGUAAUGGGCUCACUGGGGGGCGUGCAAAUCAUCGACAUCACACCGGAAGGUGUUAAUCAUCAGCGUAUAUUCUCCGUUGGCAAAGAUCCACUCACAAAUGAAGCGGAAUUUUACAAGCAUGAUCUGCUCCAUACUCUAACAAAUGAAUUGUACAAUGAUAAUUAUGCUGAUAAUCAAUUGAAUGCUUUGUCUUUCCAAAUUUAUUGUCAGAAGGAUUCUAUGCCCAAUUUGAAAAUACGCAUGGCUUCUGUGUGGUAUGUGCAUUGUCCGCGUUUCAUACAGGAAAUUAAUAUGUGCAUUUCACAAUUCAAACAUUAUCUCAAAAAUUUCGCCACAUCUAUACGGAAUAAAGCCAGCGAUAUGGCGAAAGAACUUGUGCAGCACAUACAAAAAACUAAAGAAACAGAGACUGAAAAAUUGCGUACAGCCGGUCAAAUAUCUAUCGAUGUAGUAUUAAAUACUCCCGUGUUGGUUUUGCCACGUUCUGGCGAUAGCUUAGAUGUUUUGGUUGCUAAUUUAGGUAAAAUAACAGCUUAUAAUACACAUGAAGAGAAUGAGAUCUCAAUAUCAAAAUCCACGGAUAACCUAUAUAUGUGGGCCAAAGAUAAUUACUUCAUAGAUAUAAGAAAUAUAAAUUUAUUCUCCUUGAAUACAUCAAAGCGUAAGGAGUUGGGAUUUUCAGCGCUACCGAAGGUCAAUGAGUUGUAUGAAUGCAAUACCGAUGCUGUGCCAAUACUACACGAUACAGCCAUGCUAUUCAAGCUGACAAAAUACACAACCAAAAACAAAACAGAGCAUCAAUGGACGUUGCACAAUAAAUUAAUCGUGGAGGGUAGCAUCACUCAAUGCUUGCAAGUCUCCUUAUCUCGCAGUCAAUACGAACAGGUACUCGAUACCCUAAACACAUAUUCAAAAUGGAAAGGCAAUGGCAACGCCGAUGAGUUUAUUGUAACGUCCAUCGAUCAACCGGACAGCGCGCCUAAGGACAAAGUUAGCGAAAACUAUGACAUUGAGGAGACUUUUGAAACAAAUUUAAGCUUCUCCGUGCCGAUAUUUCAAAUACACUUAAAAAAUAAAUUGAACAACUCACUGAUCGAUGUGACAUUUCGCGAUUUUGGUUUUCAAUUUAACCAACAAAAAGAUGUUACUAAUUUAGAAGUAUUGUUGCGCUCAAUCGUCAUGGAGGAUCUCAAAUGUACAAUGGAUUCGCGAUUUCGUAAUAUGGUCGAUUCGACGUCAACAGAAAAGGAGAUAAUUUAUAAGACUGAAAAAUGCGUAUCGUGUCCGAACCUCACGAACAUACAUUUACAACAAAAUGAGUCAUCACGUUCAAUGCCAUGUAAGCUAAAUUAUCCAACAUUUUUGGCUGCGGCUCAGACGCCUGCGAAGAAGGCUGUGAAUAGCAGUAAUACGUCUCGAUCGUCCGAUGAUAAGUUGGUAACGUACAAAUCGCAAACGCAUAUGAUAGUGGGCCUAGAUGGCAAACCAUUUAACCAAACUAAAAGUUCAAUCGAUUUUAAUUGUUUAAAUUUGACUAUAUCUGUGUGCAGAUGGUUCACGAUUUUUGAUUUUUUCGGCUUCGUAUCCACAUACGAAAAGAAGAAUUUAACACCAGCAAAAAGCGAACUUAACGAUGAAGAACCAAUUUCCUGGGGCGAACUGAAAGUUUCGGUGCGUUCGUUAAAUCUCAUAUUAGUACGCAACGAAGUCGAGUUCUCCAAAGCAAAUAUAUCACACGCACAUUUUAAAAUUUCAAGCAACAGAGAUAUCAAAUCGGUGGAAGGACGUCUCAAAUCUAUUUCGCUCUACGAUCUAACUUAUUAUGGAGAUUUGUAUCGCGAAAAGUUCUCAACAGCUGGUCCUGAGGCUUUAAGUUUUUCAUAUAAAAAACUUAAUGCGAUUGUUAAUUCAAAUCAACGUUCACUGGAAAUGAAUGCAAAAUUGCGCAUACAAAUGUCAUCAGUACGAUAUAUACAUACAAAGAGAUUUAUUAUGGAGAUUCAUUUAUUUUUAAAAGACUUAUUGGAGCUACAGUCGCCGGUCAUAAGGCGCAUGAAAAUGUCCGAAAGCCAAGCCGACAUCAAUUCGACACCAACCAAAAUUGGUCUGCGUUUGCACGCUGCUUCACCCAUUGUUUUACUGCCACUCAGCUACAAUAGCACACAGGUUAUAGUGGCCGAUCUGGGCGAGUUCACAUUAAAAAACUCAUUUCACUUUGCGAGCGAUGCGAACGUCGUCAGCAAGCGGCAAGAUGAGAAGGGCAUGGAUGAAAUACUGGAUGUCAUGCAUAUCGAUUUGGUCAAUAUGAAUCUAUUUUCAGGCGAACGCAUUUGGAAAACAAAUAAAACGCUGAACUAUAAUCCAAGUGAAUGUGUGAAUAUCGGCAAUUUCACAAUAUUGAAGUUGGGCAAUAAUCUCUUCAAAGAGACGUGUCAUCUGAAACUGCAAGUGGAGCGCAACAUCGACACGGCGGUCAGUCACAAUUGUCCGGAUAUAACGGUGAAAGGUGUGCUAACCAAAUUGAAUGGCAUUGUAAACCUGCAACAAUACAAAUUAUUACGUGGUUUUCUUAGCUACAAUUUGGGUGAAAUGAUUGACGAUGUGUACCUUAAUUACACGAAGAAUUUCCGCGAAUCAAUCGAUAGAUUGAACUCAAUCAGCGAAUCAUAUACUUCGUCUGAUGCAUUGGACCUGCUGACUUGGAAUACACUGUCCAUUAAUUUGCAAUUGGAAAAUGUUUCCGUGUCGUUGGUGGAGCAACAGAGUUACGACAAUGAAAUCAAACCGUUAGCUUGCGUAAAUUUCAUCAAAUCAUUUUUGCAAAUCGACUCCUUCAAUGAUGGUUCGCAAGACAUCGAUUUAGUAUCCAGCGAAGUGCUUGUGCUCGACUCGCGACCAGAACACAUCUCAAGAAAUGUAUUCCGACACAUUUUGAAACCAAAACGCGACAACCUCUCGAAGAAUGUCGUACAAGCAGAGAUACACAGUCGAAAACGCAAUAAUUCAUCGAAAUACAUUAUUUUAUUAAAUAAUAUGCGCAUCAUGGCCAUACUGGACUGCUUGGAAAGCAUAAAAAAGUUUCUUGAAGAAGAACCCACAAUAUCCACAUCGGUGACAUCCUCAUGGCGCAGCAAUAAAAUGUUAAAACAAACAUCAACGACGCACGAAGCCGAAAUGAAAACCGAUUCGGAAAUAAUUUUAAAUAUCACCGACUCCGAAUUGAUUUUCGUUGAGAAUGUUGAAUUGGCCGAUACGAAUGCAAUAAUUUUGAAAAACACCACCGUACUACAAUAUCGACCCAAUCAUCACACUUGUCCCGUUUCGAUUGAUGUUAACCACUUGGAGGUCUUCUCCUGCAUACUUGGCGCAGAAGAGCAAAGCGCGCUUUCCAUUAUCGAUCCAUUCUCGCUAAAUAUGGAAUUGAAAAACAAUUGUUUCCAUAUUAUCAUACACAAAGAACUCUCCAUACGUCUCUCGUAUACUGACGUGAAAUUAUUUUCGAAAAUGCUGCAGUCCAUACCCAAUCAAGCAAAGACCUCACACAAACUCAAUCGCGCUAAUUAUACGAACUACGAAGCGAUUGCCCCGUUAGUCAAAAUGGGCUUCAAAUCUAAAGAUUGCUUGGAAGCCAUGGAGGUCAACAACAAUAAUUUAAAUGAUGCUGCAAAUUGGUUGCUACAGCAGAAACAUGUGAAAACCGAUCAGGUUUAUCUCGAAAUGCACGAUCUGCUCAUCAGCGCCAGUUGCAUAUCGAUUUGUGUCAUUGAUGAUUGCAUGGAUGCGGAUGUGCCGCUGCUGGAGAUUGCGUUGUCCCAGUUGACCUUGGCUCAACGGUUGGACAAUGCUAAAUCACCGGUGGAUGCUGGUUACACUACGCCAUUGUAUCAAGAGGGGCGGCUAGAGGCGAUCUUUGCUAGCGAUUAUUAUAAUCGGCGUCUGAGUGGCUGGGAGCCAGUUGUGGAGCAGUGGGAAUGUUCGGCGCAUUGGCAAUACUCGAAAGUGAACGUAAUGAUACCACGCAUGUUGGUCAUGGAAGUGAGCAGCAAACAGCUACUCAAACUCAAUAUCACAUCAACCCUCGUAGAGCUCUGCGAUAUUGUGCGCAACAAUUGGAUUAAAGAUUAUUAUGGACAGGGUAAUAAUGCCGACUCGCUAAUGGGCUUUCGUCGUCGCUCGCCAUUUGUGCCCUUUGCUUUGAAGAAUCUCACCGGUGAGCCGUUACUCUUCAAGACCCUGUACUCCUCGCCAGGCGGUAUAACACGCACCGAGGUCAAUCAGCCGGAUAUUAUGUGCGAUUGGUUGGCGGUGCAACCGAAUGAAAUUCUACCUUUCGACUUUGGGCCACAAACUAAGCUUAGACAUAUGAAUUCGCACAAAUUGAAUACACAUCAGAUUUUGGUUCAAAUUCAAGGUUGGACCCUAAUAGGUCCAAUUUCGAUCGAUAAAGUAGGCAUAUUUUUUCGUUAUUCCACUCUAGAUAUGCAGUAUAAGAAACGUACACGCAUCGUAUUCGACAUUUCAAUGUUCGGUUCCGCGCAAAAAAUGAUAACAAUACGUUCAGCUUUGACGGUGGUGAAUCGUAUGAACGAAAGAAUUUUGCUGAAAAUGGAGGGCAAGCAUGAAGACAAUGUUGCACUAUCGGUGCUUCGAACGAGUGAGCAACUAAGUGUGCCACUACGUCUGGUGGACUCCCUUAUUUAUUUUCGUCCCUACUCACCGACCAAAUCGCCAGAGCAAUUGAUGGAAAACGCAUCCGAAGGUAGAACUGUAUUCGUAAGGAAAAACGCCAUUUCAACGCCAAGUAAUCGUUGCGAUGAAUACGAGUUUAGUACCUGCGGUGUUUCGUGGACUACAUGCGCCAAAGACUCUGUGAACGAACUCUUCACAUGUUACGGCAAGAGUAAUGCUGUCUUCUAUAUACUCAUCGAAAUACGGAAAGUGAAGUAUCCGAAUAGAGAUUUUAAUACACCGGGUCAUACGAUUACCCUCCUACCACCAUUGAAAUUGAAAAAUAUGCUUUCCUGUGAUUUGUUAUUCAAAAUAUCGGGUCAUAUUCAGGGUCGAAUCAAUUCAUCGGAUGUGGUAAAUAUACAUACGAUCAAUGCUUGCGACUCCUUCGUGCUGAGCAUCACUUUGGAUAAUUACAAGUUAUCUGGUCAGUUGAAAAUACCUAUGGGUCACACUGGUAUUGUGGAGCCAAAAUUGAAAUUGAUUGACUUACUGAAUCGUGAGCUUUAUUUACGCGUCUCAAUACAAUCGUUUCAAGGCAAAGGCAUGGAGAUAUUUAUCAGUGCUCCCAUUUGGAUUAUAAAUCGCACCGGUUUGCCGCUGGUGUAUAGACAAGAGGGCACAAAUCGUUUGGGUUCUGGUCAAUUCGAGGAACACGAGCAGGCGCGCAUUGUUUCACCAUUACUUUUUUCCUUCUCAGAUCAGGAAGGUUCACCAUCGCUGGAAAUACGGAUGGGCAAUAGUUAUGGCAAUAAUAAUCCGUGGUGCAAAAGCUUUAAUAUACACAAAGAAACUUUUCAACGGCAAUUGCGGGCUGAGAGGUACAAAGGCUGUUAUGCUAUAGGCAUAAACAUACGUAGGGGUCGUGGCUUAUAUUCAUGGACGACUUUCAUAAUUUUAUCACCUCGCUAUCAACUUUACAAUAAAUCCACAAGAAAAUUGGAGUUUUCGCAAAAAUGUGAUAUCAAAAAGCCGGACUCCGCCAACGCUGAGCACAUAAUAUCAGCACUGCCGGGAUGCAAUUUCCCCUUCCACUGGCCUAACUACGAACAAGAGCCGCUGUUGUGUGUGCGCAUAAGCGAUGUGAGUUUCUGUCAUUGGUCACAUGGCAUACCUAUCAACGAAGUACAUUCCAUAUAUAUUAACGUACGCAACGAUUUGGGUGAAAUGUUCUUUUUGCGCUUGGAAGUGAUUUCCAAAGGCGCUACAUACUUUUUCUUAUUCAGCGAUGCACACACCUUACCGCCACCCAUACGCAUCGAUAAUUAUUCAGAAAUCAUGAUACAUUUCUAUCAAUAUGCCUGUAAGCCACAUUGGCGUUCAACCGUACGACCUCAAUCCUCGCUAGCCUACGCUUUGGAUGAUCCCUUAGGUGCACACAUGCUGCAGAUUGAGGUGCCCGGAGGCAAUACAAUUGAAUUUCCACUCAAUAAGAUGGAAAACUCCACCAGCAUAACGUAUGCGAAUUUCAUUUAUAUCGCUUUUAAGGAGACAUUCGCCUACACAGAAAGCGAAAUGUCACAAUUGGGCAUUGAGGGGCAGCAACUUGUUGUAGCUGUGCGUGAUAAAAAGGUGAUUGUGGCGCAUAAGUGCACGGGUGAUCGUUCACAGCUAUGGCUGAUGAACUCCUUUGGUCAGUUGGAGCACGAAGGUUCUUCGCCACCAACUGAAUUUAGUCGAUACAGUGAAUCGCCUGGUUAUCGUAUGGUCUUGGAUGUGGAAACGGCGCUCAAUCCGAAUGAUUUUACAAAUUUGGUCAUUAGACCGCCGAAUAAGCAACGAGUAACCACGCAGCGAUGGCGCUUUGAAAAUGGACGACUAAUGUGUCAUAGUAAUAUGUGUGUGCAGGUCCGAAACGGCGUUUUUGGCUUACGUCCGGGAUCGGAAGUUGUGCUCGGACGUAUACAAACGAGUCCACGUGUCGCCAGCAGUGAUAUUAUUCCAUUUGAGCAAAGUAUUGAAAUACAGAAAUUACGUCCUGGUUCUGGACACUUAGAAAUAAUAAGCAAGAUGGAUGGACCCAUUCGAACAGUACAAGUACACGAUGUUAAAGUGAAGCCAGAGGAUGUCACUCUCACACCCGAUCCGAAUUGGAAUCAUGCAUCGAUUAGCAGUCGCAUGACAGUGGAUGAACACAAAGACAAUAUGUUCGAUGAAAUUUCAAUCAAAGUCGAUUUACAUAAGGGUUUGGGUAUUUCGAUGGUAACGUGUCAACCUGUCGAGGAACUAGCCUUUAUCACCUUAGAAACAAUUUCGAUUGAUGUGCAUUCAACACGUUUUAUCAAAUCGUUGGAGUUUAGAGUGGCCGAUUUGCAAAUCGACAAUCAACUAUUGGAUACCUCUUGUCCUGUCUUAUUACAUACUAUACGCACAAACGAUGAUGACAAUUUACACAGUAACGCUUUAAUUUUAAAAGCAAAACUCUUGCCAAGUCCCAAUAAGAAUGCUAUAAUAUUCGAGUAUCUUUCCUUUGAUAUAAAUCCUUGUGUGUUGAUUCUGGAAGAACGACUAAUUUUAAAGACGGCCUACUUUUGUGGCGUGGGCAAAUUGGAUAAGUAUAAAACGAAUAAGGCAUAUGAUCAUGAUUUGCAAAAUAUCGAAGAAAUAUCGCUAUCAACAAAUCCACGGAGAUUUUACUUUGAAUCGCUUAAUCUGGGAUCAAGUCAGGUACGUGUCUCUGUAUUUACGGCAUCCAAAUUAACGCCAGAACUAUUCGAAACGAAGAAAUCGCUUGGAUUGACUUUGGUCAAAUUCGAGGAUGCACUUAUAGAAUUCGACAAGUUUUCUGAUAAGCAUCAUUUUGAGCCAUUAGAGGUAUAUCUUAAAGCAAUCAAAAGCCACUUUGUCAGCCAGAUAAAGCGACAUGCGGCUUCGAUAUUAGGUAGUGUCGACUUUCUUGGGAAUCCGCUUGGUUUUGCCAACGAUCUUUCCGAAGGUGUGUCUGGCCUAAUAUUUGAGGGUUCUGUAAAGAGUCUGGUAAAGAAUGUGACACAUGGAAUUUCCAAUUCAACAGCUAAAUUAACGGAAACAUUAUCGGAUAGUUUGGGUCGCGUUGUGCUCGAUGAACACGACAAUGAAACACGUCAACGCAUACUGGAGAUACAGUCGAAUACCUCUGGUAAUCAUCUGGCGGCGGGACUAAAAGGACUCGGCUUCGGUUUGCUUGGUGGCGUGACAAGUAUUGUGCGGCACACAUAUACUGGCGUGCAAUCGGACGGUUUUCCCGGCUUGCUGAGUGGCCUCGGUAGAGGACUGGUCGGCACCGUAACGAAACCCAUAAUUGGUGUGCUCGAUUUGGCAUCGGAAACAGCGAGCGCUGUACGUGAGACGAGCAAAACAUCGGGACGGAUGCUGCCCGAUCGUAAACGUUUGCCACGCUGUGUCACUGGUGCACCGGGUGGUCUUCUACCAGCCUACUCGUAUCGACAGGCGAAGGGCCAACAAUAUUUGUAUAUAAUAAAUCGUAGAAACUUCGCAGAGAAACUCAUGUCUUAUGAACCUAAUUUGUGCAAUGAUAAAGACGCUAAACUACGCCUAUUAGUCACCACUGAAUUCAUACGUAUAUUUUCACGUUGCGAUGAAGAUCCAACGAUUAUGUUUGAGUGUCACCUGAGCGAAGUGCUCUCCUGUCAUCCGCUGACUACAAAUGUAGUGAACUCAGGGGCGCCGGGUAGUAGCAAGCAUGCACCUAGCUUCUAUAUAGAGAUAUCCACCAAUCUGCCGAAAAUCACACGACCUCGUGUUAAAUGUCAAACAGAGGAAGAGGCGGAGCGUGCAGCACGCUGUAUUAACUAUGCUAAAAGUGUGUUUGAUGAGCGCGAACAAUCUGUGCCCAGUGAAUAACAGCGGUUCAUCAUUGCUAGUGCUUAUAUUUAGUACAUAAAGGGUUUUGUAGAUUUAAGUGUUGAUACUGAUAUUUAAUUUAAUUUAUGUAUAUAUGUAUGUAUGAUGUAAUUUGUAUUAACGAAAAAGUAUUUAAGUUUAGUAAAUAAUGGUGGACAUCAUAAAAUAAAUUCAACUCCAAAAUAAAAUUUAACCUUAAA